AUGUCACCGGGCCGCACCCAUCAGGAAUCGGUCGAAGAAGCUGUUUUCAAGUACGUCGGCGUCGACCUGCAGGGCGGGAAACACGGCGACGAAACCGACAACUCAAACGACACUUUUCAUCGAAAUGUAUCUUCGGCAAUACAGCAAUCUCAGCAUCGUCUGAAUCAACAGCAGCGACAAAACGGAGCUAGUACCGUUGAGCAAGGUAUCAUGGGCUCGUCUUCAAACGCAGGUAAGGAAUAUCAUCAUUCACGGGUAGAUCAGCUUUUUGCCCGCGAUGCUCAAAAUGCCAAGAGUACGGCAGCGGCUGCAAAUGCAAUGCUAACGUCAAACACUGCACACACCGAAAAUUCUGGACCUACAGGUGCUGCUAGUUCUCCUGGCACAAUUCCUGCUGGAUCUUCCACAGCUGCAGAUGUGGAAUGGUUUCUGCGGCAUGAAUUAGACCCUGAGUCACCGGCCACAGCAGAAUUAGACGUGCGCGGAUCACGAGAACCACAGUCAGUAGCUGCUGCAGCUGUAGCUGCUGCAUUUGGUUCUUCUGGGGGCAUGAAUAGUGGUCAUGGUAGUAGAAGUGCAAUUGAUCGCAAGAGGUCCCACGUUUCAGAAUCCGGAAGGCCGGGUACGAUAAGUCCUCUCGCUGAAUCUCACUCUAGCGGGAAAAGGCACAAAAGAUCCUCUGAGUCACGGCACUCUGCAGGUGGCGUGCUGCGUCAGUCUUCUAAAAUGCCCCAUAUAGGCGCUGUCGAUCCCGAAUUGGCAUCUCUUGACGAUCCAGAAGAUGUGACGGAGCAUGAACAAUUAGUUCGUAAAGCUAUACUUGAUGCUGACUCCAUAGCUCACCAUCCGGAUUUCCAGCACUAUCUAAACACGGAAGACGAACCAGAGGACAAAUCCCGUCUUUCAACUGACCUUCACCACACGGAUGCUCACGCUUUUGGACGAAAGGUCGAAGUACUACCCAAAGUAUCUGGAGAUGAUAUUGUCAUGGGCGGUCAUAGAAUUCCACUCAAUGCAUCGGGUUCGAGAUUACAAUCCGGAACUACUCGUAGUCAUGGUGACAUUUUGGGCAGUAGCGGACAUGGGAUGUCAAGAAGCUCCUCUGCUGCAGGCGUAACGACGAGUGAUCAGGAGAUAUCUCAUUUGAUUCAAGACGCCGCAGCCAAAGCGUCCAAUUUCAUUAGUCCCCAAAGUCAGUCCACCGGGAAAUCGUUCGACGCUGCCGAAGAACAGGCGUUGGAACAUUUUGUCGGGGAAUACCAAGCCAUCAAAAAUUUAUCUCGCCGCCAGAUUUGUGAGCGUAUAUGGUCUAAUGAGCGUCGAAAGGAUGAUUUCUGGACGAACAUUUGUAAAGUUCUGCCUUAUAGAACGAGGUCUUCGAUCUACAAACAUGUUCGCCGUAAGUACCACAUUUUCGAGCAGCGCGGCAAAUGGACACCGGAAGAGGAACGGGAACUGGCCACAUUAUGUCUCGAAAAGGAGGGACAAUGGUCUGAGAUCGGUAAAAUUUUGGGAAGGAUGCCAGAAGAUUGCCGAGAUCGUUGGAGGAACUACGUAAAAUGCGGAAACAAUCGCGCAUCCAAUAAAUGGUCACCACAAGAGGAGGCCCAGCUCAAGGAAGUAAUUUCGGAGCUUUUGGAAUCUGCUGAAUCGCCCGAGGAUCACUUGUACGAUCCUAUGGAUGACCCCCAGAUCGAAAACAAGGAGAAAAGAAUCGUUAAAAAGAAAGACUCCGCUUCUCGAGACCUCAUAAACUGGACAGUUGUAAGUGAGCGUAUGGGGGGAACACGUUCGCGCAUUCAGUGCCGUUAUAAAUGGAACAAGCUUUUGAAAAAACAGGCCAUGAACAAGAUCAAAACUAUCAGUGAAGAAGACAAGCUGUGGAUUUUAGAGAAACUUAGAGACAUGGGGUUUACAGAGGAUUUACAAGUGGAUUGGGACGAGCUUGCCAGGUUGAUGCCCGGAAAAUUAUGGUCAGGAACCGAACUGAAGUUAUGCUAUGAAAAGCUGAGAACAGGCGUGAAGUAUCACAAGGAUCGGACUAUCAAUCAAAUUUGUAAGGAAUUAAUCGGUAUUCGCGAUGAGGGAUUGCCAUUGGAAGCCGGUCAUAUUUCAAGCUCAAAGCGUUAG